AUGGUGGUGAACGGCUCGGGCCGGGCGUCGGGACAGAAGGCCCACCUGCUCCUGCCUACCCUGAAGGAGAACGACACCCACUGCAUCGACUUCCACUACUCUCUGUCCAGCCGUGACGGCUCCAGUCCCGGGGCGCUCAACGUCUACAUCAAGGUGAACGGCGGCUCCCAGGGAAACCCUGUGUGGAACGCCUCCGCCUCUGUGACCGAGGGCUGGGUCAAGACCGAGCUGGCCAUCAGCACCUUCUGGCCCAACUCCUAUCAGGUGAGGGGAGAGCUUCAGUGUCCGCACAUACAUCUGUAUGGUGUUCAUUAGGGGACACAAUGGAAAAUGUUUUCAUAAAAAAGUGUUUAUUUUAGUUUUCUUAAAGUCUGUAUUCUUCCGUUUGGUGCCUAAUGAACAGAACACUGAUGCAGGCUUUUGAUGUAACGCAAUAUGUUUGAUAUGUUCACGACACUGUUAUCACACAAACUAUAGGCAUGCUCAAUCCACUGUUCAGAACCGGUGUGUGGUAGGCCUAUUGUUGGAUAUUCGAUUUCUUAAUAAUAUUUCCGUUGUGAUUGAUAUUGCCUGUCUUACCUGUGCGAUGAGGUUCGACAACUCACAGUUAUUUCCUAAUGUAACCCAAUUCGUUUAUUUGCAGUCUUGUUAGUUAGCCAAUAGGGUUAAGAAUUGCUUAAUUUGUAAGUAACAUGAAUACUCACGCCAUGGCGUUCUCAGUGAAAUUCAAUCGGAUGAGUAUCACUUAUUUAAUUGCUCUGAUUUAAAUACAAUUAUUAACUAUUUAUCAUCCUGAAAGUCCUCGCCAUCAUACUGCUGAUUUCUUUUUUAAACAGUUGUUCGCUUCAUGAACAAGGCUGCGUUCCCAAUGGCACCCUAUUCCCUUUAGUGCACUUCUUUUGACCAGAGCCCUAUGGGCCCUAGUCAAAAGUAGUGCACUAAAUAAGGAAUAGGGUGGCACUGGAGAUGCAGCCCAAGUUUUAAAGGCAAAACUGAAACAUUGCGAUGGUAAUUAGUUCUGGCUCUAGAAUAUGAGCAAUAUGCUAAUUUUCAUCUGCUGAGGCUUUACACGCAGAGGCAACUUUUGUGCACCGCAACUUUCAUCCAAUUUGGCUGAAAUGGCCCUAAAUUAGUCUAUUUCAUUCUAUUUUCAGUCUUCAACUCUCGCUGAAAUGGGUCGCCUAAAAGGACUUCAGAGUGGGGAGUGUAGUCACCCCAGUGACAAUUAUCUUGGCAAAUCAUCUAACUGUAAAUGGCCAAGUUAAAUCACCUCUCUCUCUCUCUUACACAAUCCAUUCUCACACACACCGUCUCUGACUUUCUCUCGCCCUCUCUCUCUCGCUGUCUGAAUCUCUCUCACUGUCUCUCUCUAUAUACAUCUCUUCCUCACCCCGUCUCUCUCACUCUAUCACAACCCUUUAUUUAUUUCUCUCCAUCCAUGCCCUCUCACUCUUUACUCAACCCCUCUCUCUAUCUCCCCUUCAUCUCUUUCUCUUUCUCUGUGCAAAUAAAAUACAAUGUCAAAAGAUUCAUUUUUCAGUUAAUGGUAUUCAGUUCUUUGAUGUGGAAAGUAAUUUUGUAGUUUUUGAAUUUUGUAAGCUUUUUGAAUGGUCUUCAAUGGGCAAAAACAUUGCAAUGGUCUUCAGUGAAAUAACGUAAUAAAAGGCGUCUGGUAGAAGUAGAAUUAAUAUCUUAUAUGACCGUGGUUUCAUGAAUUUGAUGAUUUAAACACGAUUCAAAAGAAAAGGGAAAUGAACACGGAAGUAUGAUGUAGGAACACAUCACUGGCACAGGGUAUUGCAUAACUUAAUGACCUUGGUGAGGCGGAAAGACUAAUACUGUGAAUAUUUGGUAAUUUUGUCUUAUAAUUAAAUAUUGACAUAGUCCGUAGGCUAAGGCAGGGGUUUUCAAAGUGGGGUACGUGGUGAGGUACUGCAGGGGGUCCGCAAUUAAUGAAUUUCAUUUACAAAAAUACUUAUAGGGAUUUUGUUAUGUGAAAAAUAGUUAUAUUAUGAAGACCGCUAGCUACAACAGAAUACCAUCAUGAAUACCAUGUUUAUGUCUCUGCGUCCAGUAUGAAGGAAGUUAGAGGUAGUUUCACGAGCCAACGCUAACUAGCAUUAGCGCAAUGACUGGAAGUCUACAGGAACAGUUUGCAUGCUAGCUGUUCCUGUUCAUUUGACUCUGGGGAAGUAGAUAAAUGGCUUCAUUGCCAAAACCUUUAAUAUGGAGAAAAUUACAGUCAGUCGAGCUAAUGACAGGGUUUUGUCUGUUUAGAAAAAUCUUAGGCGGGCCGUCUAUGGUAAUAUUUGAGAUGGAAAACAGUUUCAGUGUCAACUUAAAUGACCAAAACCAGAUAGAAAGCAUACAAAAAAGAUAUUGAACUACAGUAUAUACAGUGCAUAGAGUUGCAGAAAAUGUGCUUUAAAACUCCCAUGUUGUCUCUCAGCUCCAUGCCAAACUGUGUAGAAUUGCUGGAAAUUCCUUUUAAAAACAAAAAAAAGGUAUCUCAAUUCAAUGGAAAUGUGUAGAAUUAUUAAGUUUACAACAGAAACAUGUUCUCUCCGCCGUCAAGAUAUCUUUCUAACUAAUAGGCUAUGUUAGAGUUUACACUUCCUCUUCCAAUGAACUGUGGGGAGGUCAAAAUAAUGAAACUGUCUACCAAAUCUAUUCAUUUUGAUUAAGUACAGUGAGGGAAUUAAGUAUUUGAUCCCCUGCUGAUUUUGUACGUUUGCCCACUGACAAAGACAUGAUCAGUCCAUAAUUUUAAUGGUAGGUUUACUUGAACAGUGAGAGACAGAAUAACAACAAAAAAAUCCAGAAAAACGCAUGUCAGAAAUGUUAAAAUUGAUUUGCAUUUUAAUGAGGGAAAUAAGUAUUUGACCCCUCUGCAAAACAUGAUUUAGUACUUGGUGGCAAAACCCUUGUUGGCAAUUACAGAGGUCAGAUGUUUCUUGUAGUUGACCACCAGGUUUACACACAUCUCAGGAGGGAUUUUGUCCCACUCCUCUUUGCAGAUCUUCUCCAAGUCAUUAAGGUUUCGAGGCUGAUAUUUGGCAACUCGAACCUUCAGCUCCCUCCACAGAUUUUCUAUGGGAUUAAGGUCUGGAGACUGGCUAGGCCACUCCAGGACCUUAAUGUGCUUCUUCUUGAGCCACUCCUUUGUUGCCUUGGCGUUGUGUGUUUUGGGUCAUUAUCAUGCUGGAAUACUCAUCCACGACCCAUUUUCAAUGCCCUGGCUGAGGGAAGGAGGUUCUCACCCAAGAUUUGACGGUACAUGGCCCCGUCCAUCGUCCCUUUGAUGCGGUGAAGUUGUCCUGUCCCCUUAGCAGAAAAACACCCCCAAAGCAUAAUGUUUCCACCUCCAUAUUUGACGGUGGGGAUGGUGUUCUUGGGGUCAUAGGCCGCAUUCCUCCUCCUCCAAACACGGGAGUUGAGUUGAUGCCAAAGAGCUCGAUUUUGGUCUCAUCUGACAACAACACUUUCACCCAGUUCUCCUCUGAAUCAUUCAGAUGUUCAUUGGCAAACAUCAGACGGGCCUGUAUACAGUGGGGAAAAAAAGUAUUUAGUCAGCCACCAAUUGUGCAAGUUCUCCCACUUAAAAAGAUGAGAGGCCUGUAAUUUUCAUCAUAGGUACACGUCAACUAUGACAGACAAAAUGAGAUUUUUUUUCUCCAGAAAAUCACAUUGUAGGAUUUUUUAAUACAUUUAUUUGCAAAUUAUGGUGGAAAAUAAGUAUUUGGUCAAUAACAAAAGUUUCUCAAUACUUUGUUAUAUACCCUUUGUUGGCAAUGACACAGGUCAAAUGUUUUCUGUAAGUCUUCACAAGGUUUUCACACACUGUUGCUGGUAUUUGGACCAUUCCUCCAUGCAGAUCUCCUCUAGAGCAGUGAUGUUUUGGGGCUGUCGUUGUGCAACACGGACUUUCAACUCACUCCAAAGAUUUUCUAUGGGGUUGAGAUCUGGAGACUGGCUAGGCCACUCCAGGACCUUGAAAUGCUUCUUACAAAGCCACUCCUUCGUUGCCCGGGCGGUGUGUUUGGGAUCAUUGUCAUGCUGAAAGACCUAGCCACGUUUCAUCUUCAAUGCCCUUGCUGAUGGAAGGAGGUUUUCACCCAAAAUCUCACGAUAUAUGGCCCCAUUCAUUCUUUCAUUUACACGGAUCAGUCGUCCUGGUCCCUUUGCAGAAAAACAGCCCCAAAGCAUGAUGUUUCCACCCCCAUGCUUCACAGUAGGUAUGGUGUUCUUUGGAUGCAACUCAGCAUUCUUUGUCUUCCGAACACGACGAGUUGAGUUUUUACCAAAAAGUUCUAUUUUGGUUUCAUCUGAACAUAUGACAUUCUCCCAAUCCUCUUCUGGAUCAUUUUGACCCCACAGGGUGAGAUCUUGCGUGGAGCCCCAGAUCGAGGGAGAUUAUCAGUGGUCUUGUAUGUCUUCCAUUUCCUAAUAAUUGCUCCCACAGUGGAUUUCUUCAAACCAAGUUGCUUACCUAUUGCAGAUUCAGUUUUCCCAGCCUGGUGCAGGUCUACAAUUUUGUUUCUGGUGUCCUUUGACAGCUCUUUGGUCUUGGCCAUAGUGGAGUUUGGAGUGUGACUGUUUGAGGUUGUGGACAGGUUUCUUUUAUACUGAUAACAAGUUCAAACAGGUGCCAUUAAUACAGGUAACGAGUGGAGGACAGAGGAGCCUCUUAAAGAAGAAGUUACAGGUCUGUGAGAGCCAGAAAUCUUGCUUGUUUGUAGGUGACCAAAUACUUAUUUUCCACCAUAAUUUGCAAAUAAAUUCAUUAAAAAUCCUACAAUGUGAUUUUCUGGAUUUUUUUUCCUCAAUUUGUCUGUCAUAGUUGACGUGUACCUAUGAUGAAAAUUACAGGCCUCUCAUCUUUUUAAGUGGGAGAACUUGCACAAUUGGUGGCUGACUAAAUACUUUUUUCCCCCACUGUAUGUGCUUUCUUGAGCAGGGGGACCUUGCGGGUGCUGCAGGAUUUCAGUCCUUCACGGCGUAGUGUGUUACCAAUUGUUUACUUGGUGACUAUGGUCCCAGCUGCCUUGAGAUCAUUGACAAGAUCCUCCCGUGUAGUUCUGGGCUGAUUCCUCACCGUUCUCAUGAUCAUUGCAACUCCACGAGGUGAGAUCUUGCAUGGAGCCCCAGGCCGAGGGAGAUUGAGAGUUAUUUUGUGUUUCUUCCAUUUGCAAAUAAUCGCACCAACUGUUGUUACCUUCUCACCAAGCUGCUUGGCAAUGGUCUUGUAGCCCAUUCCAGCCUUGUGUAGGUCUACAAUCUUGUCGCUGACAUCCUUGGAGAGCUCUUUGGUCUUGGCCAUGGUGGAGAGUUUGGAAUCUGAUUGAUUAACUGCUUCUGUGGACAGGUGUCUCCCUUUAAGAGUGUGCUCCUAAUCUCAGCUCGUUACCUGUAUAAAAGACACCUGGGAGCCAGAAAUCUUUCUGAUUGAGAGGGGGUCAAAUACUUAUUUCCCUCAUUAAAAUGCAAAUCAAUUUAUAACAUUUUUGACAUGCGUUUUUCUGGAUGUUUUUGUUGUUAUUCUGUCUCUCACUGUUCAAAUAAACCUACCAUUAAAAUUAUAGACUGAUCAUGUCUUUGUCAGGGGGCAAACGUACAAAAUCAGCAGGGGAUCAAAUACUUAAUUCCCUCACUGUAUACUUGCCAUUAUCAUUCACCUGAUGCUAAGACAAGACGCAACUUUCUUUUUGCUGACAUAUGAUGGGGGUCACUGGGUCGCCAGUUUGCCUGGGUGGGGGUCCCUGGGCAAGAAAAGUUUGAAAACCCCUGGGCUUAAGCACACAUUAGGUUUGAAGGUAAAUCAAAUAACCUUUUCUGCUUUUCAUAUUUCAUGACACUGGUUGAAAGAGUUGACCGUUUGUUAAUUAAAACAGGUAAGAACAGUCUUAUUAUGGAGUUCAUUGACUUUAAUUGACUGCCUGUUAAAUAUUGGGCUUGGGUAUCUCCUUAAGAAUCUGACUGUGUGGUCUUAAAGGGACAGCUAAGACCCCACAGUGUGUUUGAUCAGACAAAUGAGUCUGGCACAAAAGAUAAGUGGCCCAUUUUACACAAAUUAAUGUUUCCUUUUUUUUUGCACUCCCCUGCCCGAGUUAUUUGAAGCACGAUGGGCCAUUUAGAGAAUUCUGUCUUAGCGUUUUAAUACGGAGGUAUUUCAAACAAAGCGCUGACAACAUAAUUGUUUCUAUAUAAACGUGAUACGCAAACACACUGUGUGUGAGACAUUAGAAUUUCUCUCUGCAUUUCACGCACGUUUUCUUUACCAGAAAAUUGCCAUCCAAGAAAUCAGAAACCUCACUCGUCCUUUGUUCAAAGCCUCUCUGUCUGCUUUCCUCCCUCUAAUUCAGUUGGGGCGGUUGAGAAUUCACACAAUGUACCACUCCAAUUCACCACCACUAUGCACUCAAAACGUUCUGUUUCUGUCACAAACGAACCAGGAAAGAAAUGCAAACAUAUCACGCAUUUAUUUAUACAAUUUAUAAAAUGGUCAGAUAUAUAUUUUUAAUACAGACUAAUUCAAAGAUAAGUGAAAAUGUACAAAUUAUCCAACGGAUUAUGAUAAUUUUCAGGUGAAAAAGUAUUUUAAUUUGGUCCAUGGCUCAGACGGCCAAGUGGACGAAAGGCUGUUUGGUUCAGCUCAGUUGUGAACGCAAAGAGGAAGAACUUUGAGGCUGUUUCCGAUUAAUACAAAAUGCCAUGCUUGUGGGUGGUAACAUUCAAAUGAAACCCAGCCCUGAAACAAAGCAUAGGACUUCCCACUUCAAGGCCAAAUAUAUCAUACUUUGACAAAAAUGAUGACCUAUUGAUGUAAAUCAUUGUACAACAUCAUGGGAAACUCUGGUCAUCAGUUUUAAGAAGUGGAUUUCUGAUGGUGUGGGGGUUUAACAUACAUUGCCUUGCAAAAGUAUUCAUCCCCCUUGGCAUUUUUCCUAUUUUGUUGCAUUAGAACUUGUAAUUUAAAUUGAUUUUUAUUUGGAUUUCAUGUAAUGGACAUACACAAAAUAGUCCAAAUUGGUGAAGUGAAAUGAAAAAAUUACUUAUUUCAAAAAAAGUUAUAAUGGACAGUGGUGCGUGCAAAUGUAUUCACCCCCUUUGCUAUGAAGCCCCUAAAUAAGAUCUGGUGCAACCAAUUACCUUCAGAAGUCACAUAAUUAGUUAAAUAAAGUCCACCUGUGUGCAAUCUAAGUGUCACAUGAUCUGCCACAUGAUCUCAGUAUAUAUAUAUAUAUACCUGUUCUGAAAGGCCCCAGAGUCUGCAACACCACUAAGCAAGGGGCACCACCAAGCAAGCGGCACCAUGAAGACCAAGGAGCUCUCCAAACAGGUCAGGGAUAAAGUUGUGGAGAAGUUCAUAUCCGGGUUGGGUUAUAAAAAAAUAUCAGAAACUUUGAACAUCCCACGGAGCACCAUUAAAUCCAUUAUAAAAAAAUUGAAAGAAUAUGGCACCACAACAAACCUGCCAAGAGAGGGCCGCCCCCCAAAACUCACAGACCAGGCAAGGAGGGCAUUAGUCAGAGAGGCAACAAAGAGACCAAAAAUAACCCUGAAGGAGCUGCAAAGCUCCACAGCGGAGAUUGGAGUAUCUGUCAAAGGACCACUUUAAGCCGUACACUCCACAGAGCUGGGCUUUACGGAAGAGUGGCCAGAAAAAAGGCAUUGCUUAAAGAAAAAAAUAAGCAAAAGGCAUGUGGGAGACUCCCCAAACAUAUGGAAGAAGGUACUCUGGUCAGAUGAGACUAAAAUUGAGCUUUUUGGCCAUGAAGGAAAACGCUAUGUCUGGCGCAAACCCAACACCUCUCAUCACCCCGAGAACACCAUCCAGCAUGGUGGUGGCAGUAUCAUGCUGUGGGGAUGUUUUUCAUUGGCAGGGACUGGGAAACUGGUCAGAAUUGAAGGAAUGAUGGAUGGCGCUAAAUACAGGAAAAUUCUUGAGGGAAACCUCUUUCAGUCUUCCAGAGAUUUGAGACUGGGACGGAGGUUCACCUUCCAGCAGGACAUUGACCCUAAGCAUACUGCUAAAGCAACACUUGAGUGGUUUAAGGGGAAACAUUUAAAUGUCUUGGAAUGGCCUAGUCAAAGCCCAGACCUCAAUCCAAUUGAGAAUAUGUGGUAUGACAAAGAUUGCUGUACACCAGCGGAACCCAUCCAACUUGAAGGAGCUGGAUCAGUUUUGCCUUGAAGAAUGGGCAAAAAUCCCAGUGGCUAGAUGUGCCAAGCUUAUAGAGACAUACCCCAAGAGACUUGCAGCUGUAAUUGCUGCAAAAGGUGGCUCUACAAAGUCUUGACUUUCGGGGGGUGAAUAGUUAUGCACGUUUUUUUUUGUCUUAUUUCUUGUUUGUUUCACAAUAAAAAAUAUUUUGCAUCUUCAAAGGGGUAGGCAUAUUGUGUAAAUCAAUACAUUUUAAUUCCAGGUUGUAAGGCAAAGAAAUAGGAUAAACGCCAAAGAGGGUGAAUACUUUCGCAAGCCACUGUACCUCAGUCCCAACAGGCAGUAUUAGCUAGCUAAGUUUUCACUGACUCUGAGUACAUUUAGCUAUUUAGCUAGCCAGAUAACUAGUGAUUGCAUUAGUGGCUAACACAAUUUAUUUUAGCCACAACUUGCUAAGAAAAUACAAACUGGCAGUUUGCAGGCAGUAAGAUACACAAACUAAUAGUGUAAUUAUAUAACACUUGUGGAUUUAUUUUAAGAAGCUAAGUGGAAGUCAACAUCGUUGUCACCAUCAUCUUGUUGCAUCUGACCACACAGACAGAGUGAACGGCAUGGCAAGCAGGAGGAGAGAGAGCGAGACCAGUGUUGGCAACUAUUUUUCAGUGAUAAUCGCUAUUGGCUCCUUGAUUUGUCACUAGAUUAAAUUUUUCCCCCUCUCCUGCCACACACCCUCUCCUCUUGUACUUCUCUGCCUGUGUGUGCGCAGUUGCUUUGACUUCUGUUGCUUCUCCACUCUUGUUUGCGGCUGAAUUGAGUGGGAAAAUCACUAAAUACUAUCAAAACCAUAGAAACUCUCGCUGGCAAAACUCCCCAAAGCUGAAUUUGUCGCUAGCCUCUUUUACCAAUAAAAGUAUCUAAAUUGGAAACAAGGAGAGAUACAACUCAAGUAGAAAAUGGCGUAAACUAUCAAAACAGACGGAGUGGCGUAUCAUAUUUACCAAACCAACCAGUUGAAAUACCGUUAUAGAAGGUAAAGUUAAAAUCCAAACCGGUCUGUGCAUCCAUAUAGUAAAAUACGGUAUACCACCUAGCCCUAGUUGGUGGAUAUAAAGUCUAAGAUAUUUGAUAGGCUAAUGAAGAGUUUUUUCCAGGAUAGAAUCAGUGCCAACUGUUGAGCUUAGCAUAGGGCUAACAUGUGUCAUGUUAUCUGAAGGAACCAGCUACAAUUUAGCAUUCUGUCAAAUGUAAGUAAAUCCAAGAUUUUAAUUGGCUGAUAAGUAUUUUGUGCCAGAGAAACUGUUUAAAUUUAAAUGGUUGCUUAUGUUCGCAAGAAUGGACCCAAUGUUUUCACCCGUUGAAAGGAGACAAGUCCACAGCCUCAGCAGAAACCUUUGGAUUAGGCUUGUCUGCCGCCCUGAAUACAUUCCCCUUACAAAGCCUCCCAUGAAUCUCAUGAAGAAGCUGCAAGAUUACCAUCCCUCCGCUUACACAUUUCCCAGUUUUCCACCCCAAAUGUUGCUCCUGCAAGCCAGGUAGGGCUUCUCUAUGUCAGAGACGUCCCCGCAAUGUUUUAUACCUGCAGCCGAUAACAGUAAUAAAGGCAUCACUGUUGUUACCCUCCGUGACAUGUUUGCACACCUCUGCUUUCUCCUAAACACUUAGGGGAAUAAAAGGGAAAACGGAACACAUAAGAUUUUAAGACAAUUGGGUAAAUGCUCACCACUUAAGAGAAUGCAAAAGGAGCCUGACAAAUUAUUUAAUUACUUUUUUCACAUUCCAAAAAACUAAAACAAAUGUAUAACGACAACUCAAAAACACACACAAACAAUGACUACACAUCUCAUCUGCCCAGACCCGUCUGCUCACACCUCCAUGCCUAGUGCCUGCAUUAUUGUUUGCCACUUGGUCUUAAAUUGUACCAAUUUGUUUUUCUCAGUCACCCAUUCUAUUUCAAUAAUAAAUCAUUAGAUGUUUCCAUUGUGUUAAUGAUGGCGGAUUGACUUCCAAGUUAUUAGUAUAAUUUUUUCAAUGGGUCCAAUAGUUUAUAUUUUUUCUAAGCGAUUGUCAGUUUGGAUAUGCUCUUUGCAAGGUUUUGUAGAUCUUUCCUAUCAUAGGAACAUCAUUGUCUGACUCAAAUAAAAUUCCCUCAAGAUUGCUGAUUGCUCUGAUGUCCAAAAGAUUUGGAAUCAAAAUGUCCUGAUAUGUAACUUUUAAGUUGCAUGUAUUUGAAACUACAAUAUCUACAGUUGAAGUCUGAAGUUUACACACACCUUAGCCAAAUACAUUUGAACUCAGUUUUCACAAUUCCUGGCAUUUAAUCAUAGUAAAAAUGCCCUGUCUUAGGUCAGUUAGGAUCACCACUUUAUUUUAAGAAUGUGAAAUGUCAGAAUAAUACAGUGGGGAGAACAAGUAUUUGAUACACUGCCGAUUUUGCAGGUUUUCCUACUUACAAAGCAUGUAGAGGUCUGUAAUUUUUAUAAUAGGUACACUUCAACUGUGAGAAACGGAAUCUAAAACAAAAAUCCAGAAAAUCACAUUGUAUGAUUUUUAAGUAAUUAAUUUGCAUUUUAUUGCAUGAAAUAAGUAUUUGAUCACCUACCAACCAUUAAGAAUUCCGGCUCUCACAGACCUGUUAGUUUUUCUUUAAGAAGCCCUCCUGUUCUCCACUCAUUACCUGUAUUAACUGCACCUGUUUAAACUCGUUACCUGUAUAAAAGACACCUGUUCACAAACUCAAUCAAACAGACUCCAACCUCUCCACAAUGGCCAAGACCAGAGAGCUGUGUAAGGACAUCAGGGAUACAAUUGUAGACCUGCACAAGGCUGGGAUGGGCUACAGGACAAUAGGCAAGCAGCUUGGUGAGAAGGCAACAACUGUUGGCGUAAUUAUUAGAAAAUGGAAGAAGUUCAAGAUGACGGUCAAUCACCCUCGGUCUGGGGCUCCAUGCAAGAUCUCACCUCGUGGGGCAUCAAUGAUCAUGAGGAAGGUGAGGGAUCAGCCCAGAACUACACGGCAGGACCUGGUCAAUGACCUGAAGAGAGCUGGGAUCACAGUCUCAAAGAAAACCAUUAGUAACACACUACGCCGUCAUGGAUUAAAAUCCUGCAGCGCACGCAAGGUCCCCCUGCUCAAGCCAGCGCAUGUCCAGGCCCGUCUGAAGUUUGCCAAUGACCAUCUGGAUGAUCCAGAGGAGGAAUGGGAGAAGGUCAUGUGGUCUGAUGAGACAAAAAUAGAGCUUUUUGGUCUAAACUCCACUCGCUGUGUUUGGAGGAAGAAGAAGGAUGAGAACAACCCCAAGAACACCAUCCCAACCGUGAAGCAUGGAGGUGGAAACAUCAUUCUUUGGGGAUGCUUUUCUGGAAAGGGGACAGGACGACUGCACCGUAUUGAGGGGAGGAUGGAUGGGGCCAUGUAUCGCGAGAUCUUGGCCAACAACCUCCUUCCCUCAGUAAGAGCAUUGAAGAUGGGUCGUGGCUGGGUCUUCCAGCAUGACAACGAGCUGAAACACACAGCCAGGGCAACUAAGGAGUGGCUCCGUAAGAAGCAUCUCAAGGUCCUGGAGUGGCCUAGCCAGUCUCCAGACCUGAACCCGAUAGAAAAUCUUUGGAGGGAGCUGAAAGUCCGUAUUGCCCUGCGACAGCCCCGAAACCUGAAGGAUCUGGAGAAGGUCUGUAUGGAGGAGUGGGUCAAAAUCCCUGCUGCAGUAUGUGCAAACCUGGUCAAGACCUACAGGAAACGUAUGAUCUCUGUAAUUACAAACAAAGGUUUCUGUACCAAAUAUUAAGUUCUGCUUUUCUGAUGUAUCAAAUACUUAUGUCAUGCAAUAAAUGCAAAUUAAUUACUUAAAAAUCAUACAAUGUGAUUUUUCUGGAUUUUUGUUUUAGAUUCCAUCUCUCACAGUUGAAGUGUACCUAUGAUAAAAUUACAGACCUCUACAUGCUUUGUAAGUAGGAAAACCUGCAAAAUUGGCAGUGUAUCAAAUACUUGUUCUCCCCACUGUAGUAGAGAGAAUGAUUUCUUUCAGCUUUUAUUUCUCUCAUCACAUUCCUAGUGGGUCAGAAGUUUACAUACACUCAAUUAGUAUUUGGUAGCAUUGUCUUUAAAGUGUUUAACUUGGGUCAAAUGUGUCGGGUAGCCUUCCACAAGCUUCCCACAAUAAGUUGGGUGAAUUUUGGCCCAUUCCUCCUGACAGAGCUGGUGUAAUUGAGUCAGGUCUGUAGGCCUCCUUGCUCACACACACUUUUUCAGUUCUGCCCACACAUUUUCUAUAGGAUUGAGGUCAGGGAUUUGUGAUGGCCACUCCAAUACCUUGACUUUGUUGUCCUUAAACCAUUUUGCCACAACUUUGGAGGUAUGCUUGGGGUCAUUGUCCAUUUGGAAGACCCAUUUCCGACCAAGCUUUAACAUCCUGACUGAUGUCUUGAGAUGCUGCUUCAACAUAAUUUUCCUUUCUCAUGAUGCCAUCUAUUUUGUGAAGUGCACCAGUCCCUCCUGCAGCAAAGCACCCCCACAGCGUGAUGCUGCCACCCCCGUGUUCACGGUUGGGGUGGUGUUCUUCGGCUUGCAUGUUCAAUCCUUUUUCCUCCAAACAUAACGGUGGUCAUUAUGGCCAAACCGUUCUAUUUUUGUUUCAUCAGACCAGAGGACAUUUCUCCAAAAAGUAUUAUCUUUGUCCCCAUGUGCAGUUGCAAACCUUAGUCUGGCUUUUUUUAUGGUAGUUUUGGAGCAGUGGCUUUUUCCUUGCUGAGCGGCCUUUCAGGUUAUGUUGAUAUAGGACUUGUUUUACUGUGGUUAUUGUCACGCUCGUCGAGGAGUGAAGGAGACCAAGGCGCAGCGAGUGAAAAGAACAUGUUGACUUUAUUACUUAAAGCAACCAAAAACAACAAAUCAAAGCGACGAAUGUGAAGUCCAAUAGUGACAAAGACUAAACAGGAACAAUAACCCACAAUGCCCACAGGAAAACAUGCAGUAUAAAUAUGGCUCCCAAUCAGAGAUAACGAGCCGACAGCUGACACUCGUUACCUCCGAUUGGGAGUCAAUGACCAAACCUAGAAAUAAACGUGACAGAAAUGCAAACAUAGAAAAUCACCCAAAACCCAACAAAACACAAUACACCCUGGCUCAAAUACAAAAGUCCCGGAGCCAGAGUGUUACAGUACCCCCCCCUAAAGGUGCGCACUCCGGGCGCACCAGCAUACAGUCUCGGGGAGGGUCUGGGUGGGCGUCUGUCCACGGUGGCGGUUCUGGCCCUGGUCGUGGUCCCCACCCCACCUUAGUCACCACCCGCUUCCCUAGCCUCCUCCACAUGACCACCCCCCAAUUAAACCCCACUGGAUUAAGGGGCGGCACCGGACUAAGGGGCAGCACCGGACUAAGGGGCAGCACCGGACUAAGGGACAGUACCUGACUAAGGGGCGGAUCCUGGCUGGCUGGCUCUGGCGGAUCCUGGCUGGACGGCUCAUGGCAGGCUGAAGGAUCUGGCUGCUCAUGGCUGGCUGACGGAUCUGGCUGCUCAUGGCUGGCUGACGGAUCUGGCUGCUCAUGGCUGGCCGACGGAUCUGGCUCAUGGCUGGCCGACGGAUCUGGCUGCUCAUGGCUGGCCGACGGAUCUGGCUGCUCAUGGCUGGCGGAAGGCUCUGGCUGAUCCUGUCUGGCAGAAGGCUCUGGCUGAUCCUGUCUGGCAGAAGGCUCUGGCUGAUCCUGUCUGGCGGAAGGCUCUGGCUGAUCCUGUCUGGUGGAAGGCUCUAGCGGCUCUGGUCUGGCGGACGGCUCUGAUGGCUCAUGGCAGACGGGCGGCUUUGCAGGCUUUAGGCAGACGGGCAGUUCAGGCCCCGUUGGGCAGACGGCAGACUCUGGCCAUCUGAGGCGCACCGUAGACUUAGUGCGGGUGGCCGGAACAGGCCGGACCGGGCUGGCGACGCGCACCGUAGUCUUGGUGCGGGUGGCAGGAACAGGCCGGGUCGGGCUGGCGACGCGCACCGUAGUCUUGGUGCGGGUGGCCGGAACAGACCGGACCGGGCUGGCGACGCGCACCGUAGUCUUGGUGCGGGUGGCAGGAACAGGCCGGGUCGGGCUGGCGACGCGCACCGUAGUCUUGGUGCGGGUGGCAGGAACAGGCCGGGUCGGGCUGGCGACGCGCACCGUAGUCUUGGUGCGGGUGGCAGGAACAGGCCGGACCGGGCUGGCGACGCGCACCGUAGACUUGGUGCGGGUGGCAGGAACAGGCCGGACCGGGCUGGCGACGCACACUGUAGACCUGGUGCGGGUGGCAGGAACAGGCCGGACCGGGUUGUGGAGACGGAUAGGAGGCCUGGAGCGAACAGCGGACACCACCCGUCCUGGCUGAAUGCCUACCCUCACACACUCUGUGUGAGGCAUCAGCACAGGACGUACAGGGCGGUGUACCCCUGGCCUGGUGGCCUCCUGGAUACUCCCCCUUUUCUCCUCCGUCAGCCCCGUCGUCCAUGCCGUGUGCCCCCCCCUAAAAAUUUUCUGGGGUUGACACACGACCCUCCGACGAUGGCCCUGCUGCCGCCGUUGCUCCUCUCUCGCCAGGGCCUUGAUCCUUCCCCAAGGUCCCUUGCCUCCGAGCAUGUCCUCCCAGGACCACGAUGUGCCCACCUGGGCCAUCGCCAGCCUCUCUAUCUCCUUGCCCGGUGCCUCCUCCCAUGUCCAGUCUCCCUGCUCCUGGACACGCUGCUUGGUCUUUCUUUGGUGGGUUAUUCUGUCACGCUCGUCGAGGAGUGAAGGAGACCAAGGCGCAGCGAGUGAAAAGAACAUGUUGACUUUAUUACUUAAAGCAACCAAAAACAACAAAUCAAAGCGACGAAUGUGAAGUCCAAUAGUGACAAAGACUAAACAGGAACAAUAACCCACAAUGCCCACAGGAAAACAUGCAGUAUAAAUAUGGCUCCCAAUCAGAGAUAACGAGCCGACAGCUGACACUCGUUACCUCCGAUUGGGAGUCAAUGACCAAACCUAGAAAUAAACGUGACAGAAAUGCAAACAUAGAAAAUCACCCAAAACCCAACAAAACACAAUACACCCUGGCUCAAAUACAAAAGUCCCGGAGCCAGAGUGUUACAGUUAUAGAUACUUUUGUACCUGUUUCCUCCAGCAUCUUCACAAGGUCCUUUGCUGUUGUUCUGUGAUUGAUUUGCACUUUUUGCACCAAAGUACGUUCAUCUCUAGGAGACAGAACGCUUCUCCUUUCUGAGCGGUAUGAUUGCUGCGUGGUCCCAUGGUGUUUUUACUUGCGUACUAUUGUUUGCAGAGAUUAGCGUGGUACCUUCAGGCAUUCGGAAAUUGCUCCCAAGCAUGAACCAGACUUGUGGAGGUCUACAAUUUUUUUUCUGAGGUCUUGGCUGAUUUCUUGUGAUUUUCCCAUGAUGUCAAGCAUAGAGGCACUGCGUUUGAAGGUAGGCCUUGAAAUACAUCCACAGGUAAACCUCCAAUUGACUCAAAUGAUGUCAAUUAGCCUAUCAGAAGCUUCUAAAGCCAUGACAUCAUUUUCUGGAAUUUUCCAAGCUGUUUAAAAGCACAGUCAACUUAGUGUAUGUAAACGUCUGACCCACUGGAAUUGUGAGAAAGUGAAUUAAAAGUGAAAUAAUCUGUCUGUAAACAAUUGUUGGAAAAAUUACUUGUGUAAUGCACAAAGUAGAUGUCCUAACCGACUUGCCAAAACUAUAGUUUGUUAACAAGAAAUGUGUGGAGUGGUUGAAAAACAAGUUUUAAUGACUCCAACCUAAGUGUAUGUAAACUUCCGACUUCAACUGUAUAAUAAUAUGGUUAUUAUGUGCUAAAAGAAAAAUAAUUUCCUUGUUACUAAUGCAAAUUCUAAAGUAUAGUUUCACCCAUUUAUCUAACUGCAGGCAUUUCAACAGUGGCACACACAGCAACAGGAAGUCAGGGAGUCAACAAAAUCCCUUAUUUUAAUCUUGAAAUAUAACUGUGACUUUAUUCUCAAAAUGUUACAUUUAAUUGAGUUUAUUCUAAAUAUUCUCACUUUAUUCUCGAAACAUUGCCACUUCAUUCACAAAAUUAAAUUGAGACUUUUUCUCGAAAUAUUGCCUCUUUAUUCUCGAAAUAUUGCCACUUUUUUAAAGUACUAUCCAUGUAACAAUAAAAAAUAUUGAAGUACCACCGCCCAUCAACAUUUAUUUAUUUUUUCUGUUCACUUGGUGCUAAUACUCUUCCGUAUAUUACCCCAUAAUGUCAGUGGAAUUAUGUUUUUUAGAAAUUUUAAUAAAUGAAUAGAAAAUUAAAAGCUGAAAUAUCUUGAUUCAAUAAGUAUUCAACCCCAUUUGUUAUGGCAAGCCUAAAUACCUUCGGGAGUAAGAAUUUGCUUAAAAAUAAUGCAACAAAUAUUGUGGUUAAAUUCAAAUAUACUAAUUGACAAAAAACCUUUAUUUUUUGACAGAAUGUUUAUAAAAGUUAUAAUCUUCGUAAAUGAUAUCAUCGGUAGGACUGGUGGAGUUAUGUCGCACAUGCAGCUAACAAAAACAUAUGGAAAUGUCUGCUCUACCCAAAAUUACAACCAAAUAAUUGCAGCCUUACCGCAAAAGUGGAAGAGGAAAGUUGAAGGGGGAGAAAGUAAGGAACUUGUCUGUCGGCCUUGCAUUAAAGAACAUAAUUGGUUAAGGAAAACUGUGAUAAAUAAAAAAGUAUAUCAGUUUCACUUAAGGACCAAAGGAUUGACAGCCGUCCCAUAUAGAUUGCAAAAUAGUUGGGAAGAGAUCUUUGACGUACCGAUCCCAUGGCAUAGUGUUUAUGAACUGACACGCAAAACGACACCGGAUUCAAAAAUUAGAAUCUUUCAAUUUAAAUUAUUAUAUAAAAUUCUUGCUACCAAUAGAAUGUUAUUUAUAUGGGGGAUACAAUCUUCCCAGCUCUGCAGAUUUUGCUGUGAAGAGACAGAAUCAUUAGAUCAUUUGUUUUGGUUCUGUCCAUUUGUAGCUUGUUUUUGGACACAGGUCCAGGAAUGGCUAAAGGAUUGCAAUAUUUACCUGGAACUAACCUUGCAGAUAGCAUUACUGGGUGAUCUGAAAAGUCAUAGUCAAUCAAUCAAUAAUAUAAUAAUACUUUUAGCCAAAAUGUUUAUUUUUAAUUCACAAUCUGUAGAAGCAAUGAGAAUAGAAAGGUUCAGAACUUUUGUAAAACAUCACAGUACGGUUGAAAUAUAUGGCAAAUAGAAAUCCUAUAUGGAUGGUGUUAAGAGAUAGAUGGGAGGUAUUGAAUAGAGUUGAAGGAUGGGACUAAUAACAAAUAACAACAAAUAAUAACAUAGAUAGCUAAUAAUGUAAGCAUACUGUGUCCAUAAUAAGUAUAUGGGUUGUAUGUUGGGAGCUUUUGGGAAAGAGCACAGUUAGAAAGAUAUGGAAUUUAGAAGCAAACCGGAUGGACAUCAUGAAAAUGAUCGGAGAGGUUGAGAGUAGAAGAAGUUCAGGAGCAAAAAAAUAAAUAAUAUAUAUAUAUAUAUAUAUAUAUACAGUGGGGAGAACAAGUAUUUGAUACACUGCCGAUUUUGCAGGUUUUUCUACUUACAAAGCAUGUAGAGGUCUGUAAUUUUUAUCAUAGGUACACUUCAACGGUGAGAGACGGAAUCUAAAACAAAAAUCAAGAAAAUCACAUUGUAUGAUUUUUUAAUAAUUAAUUUGCAUUUUAUUGCAUGACAUAAGUAUUUGAUCACCUACCAACCAGUAAGAAUUCCAGCUCUCACAGACCUGUUAGUUUUUCUUUAAGAAGCCCUCCUGUUCUCCACUCAUUACCUGUAUUAACUGCACCUGUUUGAACUCGUUACCUGUAUAAAAGACACCUGUCCACACACUCAAUCAAACAGACUCCAACCUCUCCACAAUGGCCAAGACAAGAGAGCUGUGUAAGGACAUCAGGGAUAAAAUUGUAGACCUGCACAAGGCUGGGAUGGGCUACAGGACAAUAGGCAAGCAGCUUGGUGAGAAGGCAACAACUGUUGGCGCAAUUAUUAGAAAAUGGAAGAACUUCAAGAUGACGGUCAAUCACCUUCGGUCUGGGGCUCCAUGCAAGAUCUCACCUCGUGGGGCAUCAAUGAUCAAGAGGAAGGUGAGGGAUCAGCCCAGAACUACACGGCAGGACCUGGUCAAUGACCUGAAGAGAGCUGGGACCACAGUCUCAAAGAAAACCAUUAGUAACACACUACGUCGUCAUGGAUUAAAAUCCUGCAGCGCACGCAAGGUCCCCCUGCUCAAGCCAGCGCAUGUCCUGUCCCGUCUGAAGUUUGCCAAUGACCAUCUGGAUGAUCCAGAGGAGGAAUGGGAGAAGGUCAUGUGGUCUGAUGAGACAAAAAUAGAGCUUUUUGGUCUAAACUCCACUCGCCAUGUUUGGAGGAAGAAGAAGGAUGAGUACAACCCCAAGAACACCAUCCCAACCGUGAAGCAUGGAUGUGGAAACAUCAUUCUUUGGGGAUGCUUUUCUGCAAAGGGGACAGGACGACUGCAACGUAUUGAGGGGAGGAUGGAUGGGGCCAUGUAUCGCGAGAUCUUGGCCAACAACCUCCUUCCCUCAGUAAGAGCAUUGAAGAUGGGUCAUGGCUGGGUCUUCCAGCAUGACAACGACUCGAAACACACAGCCAGGGCAACUAAGGAGUGGCUCCGUAAGAAGCAUCUCAAGGUCCUGGAGUGGCCUAGCCAGUCUCCAGACCUGAACCCAAGAGAAAAUCUUUGGAGGGAGCUGAAUGUCCGUAUUGCCCAGCGACAGCCCCGAAACCUGAAGGAUCUGGAGAAGGUCUGUAUGGAGGAGUGGGCCAAAAUCCCUGCUGCAGUGUGUGCAAUCCUGGUCAAGACCUACAGGAAACGUAUGAUCUCUGUAAUUGCAAACAAAGGUUUCUGUACCAAAUAUUAAGUUCUGCUUUUCUGAUGUAUCAAAUACUUAUGUCAUGCAAUAAAAUGCAAAUUAAUUACUUAAAAAUCAUACAAUGUGAUUUUCUGGAUUUUUGUUUUAGAUUCCGUCUCUCACAGUUGAAGUGUACCUAUGAUAAAAAUGACAGACCUCUACAUGCUUUGUAAGUAGGAAAACCUGCAAAAUCGGCAGUGUAUCAAAUACUUGUUCUCCCCACUGUAUAUAUAUAUAUAUAUAUAUAUAUAUAUAUAUACAGUGGGGAAAAAAAGUAUUUAGUCAGCCACCAAUUGUGCAAGUUCUCCCACUUAAAAAGAUGAGAGAGGCCUGUAAUUUUCAUCAUAGGUACACGUCAACUAUGACAGACAAAAUGAGGAAAAAAAAUCCAGAAAAUCACAUUGUAGGAUUUUUUAUGAAUUUAUUUGCAAAUUAUGGUGGAAAAUAAGUAUUUGGUCAAUAACAAAAGUUUCUCAAUACUUUGUUAUAUACCCUUUGUUGGCAAUGACACAGGUCAAACAUUUUCUGUAAGUCUUCAAGGUUUUCACACACUGUUGCUGGUAUUUUGGCCCAUUCCUCCAUGCAGAUCUCCUCUAGAGCAGUGAUGUUUUGGGGCUGUCGCUGGGCAACACAGACUUUCAACUCCCUCCAAAGAUUUUCUAUGGGGUUGAGAUCUGGAGACUCCAGGACCUUGAAAUGCUUCUUACGAAGCCACUCCUUCGUUGCCCGGGCGGUGUGUUUGGGAUCAUUGUCAUGCUGAAAGACCCAGCCACGUUUCAUCUUCAAUGCCCUUGCUGAUGGAGGAAGGUUUUCACUCAAAAUCUCACGAUACAUGGCCCCAUUCAUUCUUUCCUUUACACGGAUCAGUCGUCCUGGUCCUUUUGCAGAAAAACAGCCCCAAAGUAUGAAGUUUUCACUCCCAUGCUUCACAGUAGGUAUGGUGUUCUUUGGAUGCAACUCAGCAUUCUUUGUCCUCCAAACACGGCAAGUUGAGUUUUUACCAAAAAGUUAUAUUUUGGUUUCAUCUGACCAUAUGACAUUAUCCCAAUCCUCUUCUGGAUGCACUCUAGCAAACUUCAGAUGGGCCUGGAUAUGUACUGGCUUAAGCAGGGGGACACGUCUAGCACUGCAGGAUUUGAGUCCCUGGCGGCGUAGUGUGUUACUGAUGGUAGGCUUUGUUACUUUGGUCCCAGCUCUCUGCAGGUCAUUCACUAGGUCCCCCCCGUGGGGUUCUGGGAUUUUUGCUCACCGUUCUUGUGAUCAUUUUGACACCACGGGGUGAGAUCUUGCGUGGAGCCCCAGAUCGAGGGAGAUUAUCAGUGGUCUUGUAUGUCUUCCAUUUCCUAAUAAUUGCUCCCACAGUUGAUUUCUUCAAACCAAGCUGCUUACCUAUUGCAGAUUCAAUCUUCCCAGCCUGGUGCAGGUCUACAAUUUUGUUUCUGGUGUCCUUUGACAGCUCUUUGGUCUUGGCCAUAGUGGAGUUUGGAGUGUGACUGUUUGAGGUUGUGGACAGGUGUAUUUUAUACUGAUAACAAGUUCAAACAGGUGCCAUUAAUACAGGUAACGAGUGGAGGACAGAGGAGCCUCUUAAAGAAGAAGUUACAGGUCUGUGAGAGCCAGAAAUCUUGCUUGUUUGUAGGUGACCAAAUACUUAUUUUCCACCAUAAUUUGCAAAUAAAUUCAUUAAAAAUCCUACAAUGUGAUUUUCUGGAAAAAAAAUUCUCAAUAUGUCUGUCAUAGUUGACGUGUACCUAUGAUGAAAAUUACAGGACUCUCUCAUCUUUUUAAGUGGGAGAACUUGCACAAUUGGUGGCUGACUAAAUACUUUUUUUCCCCACUGUAUAUAUAUAAUUUUUGUAAAAUUAACUCUGUCCAUAAGGUGUAGAUAGUAAGUAUAGACCGGAAGUAGAGGCCUGGGCUUUGUUGUUCACUAAUUUACUCCAAGUAGGGAAAGGAUGGUGGGGUUGAAAAGUAAUAAAGGGGAAUAUAUAUCUAAAAAAUAAAAAUAAACAUGGGGGAUUGGAAGUGAUGCAGACAAUUACAUUGAUAGAAGAUACAAUCUAUCUGCAAUAUUAAGCUGAUCCAUUCCCCCCGGAAAAAAAAAAGAAAAAAAAAAAAGAAUUUGCUUAACAAGUCAGACACUUAAUUGCAUAGACUAACUCUGUGUGUAAUAAUGGGGUUUAACAUGAUUUUUGAAUGACUACCCCAUCUCUGUACCCCACACAUAGAAUUAUCUGCAAGGUCCCUCAGUCGAGCAGUGAAUUUCAAGCACAGAUUCAACAACAAAUACCAGGGAGUUUUUCCAGUGCCUCACAAAGAAGGGCACCUGUUGGUAGAUGGAUAAUAAAUAAAUAAAAAGCAUUCAUUGAAUAUCCCUUUGAGCAUGAUGAAGUUAUUAAUUACACUUUGGAUUACACUUCAAAGAUAAAGGUGUCCUUCCUAGCUCAGUUGAUGGAGAGGAAGGAAACCGCUCAGGGAUUUCAUCAUGAGGCCAAUUGUGAUUUUAAACCAGUUACAGAGUUAAAUGGCUGUGAUAGGAGAAAACUGAGGAUGGAUCAACAACAUUUUAGUUACGCCACAAUACUAACCUAAAUGAGUGAAAAGAAUGCAUCCUGCUUGCAAUAAGGCACUAAAGUAAAACUGCAAAGAAAUGUGCAAAGAAAUUACCUUUUUGUCCUGAAUACAUAUCCAACACAACACAUCACUGAGUACCACUCUUCAUAUUUUCAAGCAUGGUGGUGGCUGCAUCAUGUUAUGGGUAUGCUUAUCAUCGGCAAGGACUAAAUCAUUUUUUGUGAUAAAAAGAAAAGGAAUAGAGCUAAGCACAGGCAAAGUCCUAGAGAAAAACCUAGUUCAGUCUGCUUUCCAACAGACACUGGUAGACCAAUCCAUCUUUCAGCAGGACAAUAACGUAAAAUGUAAGGCCAAAUAUACACUGGAGUUAUUUACCAAGACAACAUUGAAUGUUCCUGAGUGGCCUAGUUACAGUUUUGACUUAAAUCGGCUUGAAAAUCUAUGGCAAGACUUGAAAAUAGCUGUGUAGCAAUGAUCAACAACCAACUUGACAGAGCUUGAAGAAUUUCUUUAAGAAUAAUGGGCAAAUAUUUUACAAUCCAGGUUUGCAAAGCUCUUAGAGACUUACCCAGAAAAACUCACAGCUGUAAUCGCUGCCAAAUGUGAUUCUAACAUGUAUUGACUCAAGGGGUUGAAUACUUAUCUGAUCAAAUAAUAUUGAUGUUUUGUUUUCCAUUAAUAAAAAAAUAAUAUAUAUAUACAGUAUAAUUUUCCACUUUUACAUUGUUGUAGCCCUUGACAAAUCACCUGAUUCAACUCAUCCAGGGCUUGAUAAUUAGUUGACAAGUUGAUCAGGUGAGUUUGUCCGGGGCCUCAACAAAGAGGACUGGAGUUGGGAAACACUGACCUUGGCUACCUAAAACUAGGCUACAGCAACAAAAUAGUGUUGUGAUUUUGAAAGAACUUAGAGUUGAUUAAAUUUCAACAAAUGCAAAAAGAAAACGUUACAUUCAUGUUUAUAUUUCUCCAUUUACAGUGGUAUAAUCAAGUCAGAUUUUUUUUUUUCCCGCUGCUUUUAAAUAGCACUUCCGGUUUGAACUAGAAUACCGCAAUGCCCGGUAAUUUCAUAAAAUUUUCUCUGGAAGGAAAAUUGGUAGAUUCUCUGGAAAAUAUAAAACCCUAGUUCACAUGCUUCUUUUUUUAAUGAGAAGAUUCAUUUUAGCAUUUAGUCUAUCUAACCAAUUCAUCGAUUACAUUAUAAUUAGAGGCUAAUUAUUGUUGAUAAAACAUUCUGUCAAGAAAGCUACCCAUUUAGUUCUUUCCCCCAAGCCUAACCUAUUAUGAGCAAAGCAACAACCUUGGAGGCUUUUACAUUUUACAUUUACAUUUUAGUCAUUUAGCAGACGCUCUUAUCCAGAGCGACUUACAGACUUACACCUGACUAUACCUGUGGAAGGAGGCUCCUCUCCGCCACCAGCCUUCUCUCCUGUCCUUCGCUUAGCAAGCCGAGCUGAGCCAAGCCAAGCUUGAGUUGGCCUGGUUACACAUCCAACAUAGUGGCAGGAACGUGCUGUAAAGGACAAUGUGAAAAGAAAAUAUCAAAGUCGGGUUCGGGUUGGCCCUAUAGUGUGAAAUAGGUAUUUAUCUCUCUCUCUCUGGCCAUAGAGCCCUGAAGGCCAGUCUGGCAGCCCCACCGAGAGCCCUGUGUGAGCCCCACAUGUCCCGGGCACAUGGCACUGCUCUACUGGCCUGCACAUUCUGCCAGGGCCAUAUGUGAGCAACAGUAGGCUGACAAUCGGCCUGUAUUGUUUGUUAAUUAUGACGUGAAGAUAUUGUCGCAGCUGUCCCAAUGGAAAGAGUUGCUGUCAACGUGGCAACAAGCUUGCGUUUUGAAGGGUGUGUAGUUAGAGAUGGUGAAUGAGUAGUGGGUUGUCGACUACAUGGUGGAUGCCGUUCUUACAGGGUGUCCGGAUUAGUUUUCCAAGGGCAACGAAAAAUGGCUAAAAAAUAAAUAAAUAAAAAUGUGUUUCUCUCUAUCCCCCUCCCAUCUCUCCCCAUCUCUCUUCCUCUCCCCCUCUGCGGAAGGUGAUAUUCGAGACUGUAUCCGUACAGGGCCAUCCAGGGUUCAUCGCGGUGGACGAGGUCCGAGUGUUGGCCCACCCAUGCCGUAAGUGACCCGCCGUGACACUACCCCAUGGAGCAUCAUCUGGUCUCACACUCCUGGCUAGGACAGCAGGCUGUGUGUGUGUGUAUUUGUGUGUGUUUGGUGUGUCUGUAUGUUCGGUAUGUGCAUGUGUGUGUGCUUGGUGUGUGUGUGUUUGGUGUGUUGUCUGUUUGGGAGUGGGGGGGGGCACAGACCGAGGGGGUUGGAGUGAGGACGAGACAGAUUGAGGAGCAGAGAAGAAGGUACAAACUCAGGGCCUUCAUCAUUCAAAGCUGACAGAACCUCUUUGCCUCAUAUCUUUAAGGCACUCCGUGUCCUAGAUGUAUUUUCUUUCUUUCUUUCUUUCUUUCUUUCUUUCUUUCUUUCUUUCUUUCUUUCUUUCUUUCUUUCUUUCUUUCUUUCUUUCUUUCUUUCUUUCUUUCUUUCUUUCUUUCUUUCUUUCUUUCUUUCUUUCUUUCACUCUCUCUGCCUCUCUCUUUCCAUACUUAGACUUAGAGCUUUCCCUGGGAAUUAGAACAGAGCUCUUAGUGCUGAAUUCAAAUAAGAUUAGGAAGGAAAGGUAAAUAAAUGGCAGAGUAAAAUAAUUCCAGUCGGCCUUCUUCUUCAAUUGGGGAAAUUAACGUCAAGAAGAAUUAUUGUAUUGAAAUGAUCAAUGAAUACACUAUUAGGCCUACAUUUCUAGGCGCGGUGAAAAUUAGAUUAGGAGAUCACCGUUUCAAUGCCACACAGAGCAGCCUCGGUUAAUUUGCUUUUCAGCUGGACAUUAGUGUGCACUGAGCAGACGAGGGAAGACAUUUCUAGGGAAGGAAAGGUGACCUGAAAUCUUAAUUCACUUUAGAUUUUGGAACGAAAAGAAAAAACAUACUGAUGUACACAACUGUUUUGUUGGUAAUUUAAUGUUGUGUGUAUUUGUUUUCAUUAUUCCACAUGUAACUCAGCUUUCCCAUUGACCUCAAUGCAUGUUUCACGUGGACGUCAGAGUUGAUACAGUAUGUGUUUGUGCUUAUGCAUGCCUAGUCAUUGUAUUGAGUGUGUUUCCCGCCCCUUUGCAGGGAAAGCGCCUCACUUCCUGCGGCUGCAGAAUGUGGAGGUGAACGUGGGACAGAACGCCACCUUCCAGUGUACCGCCGGGGGGAAGUGGUCACAACACGACCAACUGUGGCUACAGGCGAGUCGCUCCCCUUCGGUCCACUAUAGAUGUCAUCCAUCUUGUCCCUCUCACCUUAAAGCUGCAAUCUUUAAUUAGACGAAAAAAAACAGAUGGCAGCCCUGCCUGAGGGAUGGGGCUGGAGAAGUAACCAAUCUCAAAUUCAUAGAUGUAGCUGUGGAUGCAUCCACCUUUAGUGACUCGUUUCUGUAGCUUUUUCAGUCAUGUAGAAUACACAGGGCAUUUUAGUUGAUCUCUGUUGCAGUGUUAUGACCCCACCCUUGGGAAAUUACACUUACAGUAUGGUCCAGUUCCUUGCUGUACUUGCACACACACUGUAGUGGUACAAACUCUGUGGGGAUAUCCAUACAAUCUGUGCCCUGAGUAUAAAGUGUUGUUUUGAUGUGGACGACUGCCUCUCUAUCAGCCAUCACUAUACUGCACUAGCAUGUUUGCAUCUUAUAGUAAUGGCAUUUGCAAUGGAGUAGUACCCAAGGCAGAAGAAAGACUCAGGUACAUUCUAGAAUAAGUUACUUUUGGGAGAUUGAUACCGUAAGGAAAUCAAAGGAAAAAGUGCUGUGAAAAAGUUGCAGUGUCUGACAAACAUUAACCAUACUGCGGGUUUCUUUGGUUAUCAGAUUUGAAUGACCAUAUGUGCAGUUUGUCCUUUUUUACCAUACCAAUGUGAGAAAUACUGUGUGUACAUGUGUUAGUAAGCAAGUGUCUGUCUGUCUCUCUCUCUGCAGCAGUGGAACGGUAAAGAUACAGCCCUCAUGGUGACACGGGUGGUGAACCACCGGCGUUUCUCAGCCACCGUCAGCGUCGGGGACACGUCUCAGAGAAGCACCAGCCGCUAUCGCUGUGUCAUCCGCUCCGAUGGUGGCUCCGGGGUCUCCAACUACGCAGAGCUAAUCGUCAAAGGUACGGCUAACGUACUAACGGCUUACCUACUAAAAGCUAGCAGGUAAAGGCUAGCGGCUAACGGCUAGGCUACCACUAGGCUACGCUAAUACCAGGCUAUUAGCAGUCAGUCAAAACUCCGCUGGGUUCCUCCACAGUCAUUAUCUGAGCGGCAAACCCCUCAUUAUUUCAGCCACCAUCAGCAGUGUGCGUUCCAUUUCACUGUUUCCCCCUUCUCCCACUUACUAAUGCACACUAACUUCGCCUUGAUCAAAAAAAAAAAAAGAACAUGUUGGUUAAGGGAGUGGAAAACAAGGGUUGCUUCACAGAUAGCGUAGACUGCUGGGUAGUCGUUGAUUAUUGUAGGAUGGGUGGGUGGGCACACUCUCUCUGAUUUAUUCUGAGAAAGAGUGGAUUAAUUGACAGGGCGCUGUAAAUAAUCUGAAAUAGCCUAUAUAUUUUGUUCUAUCACUUCUGAAAGGGAGGACUUCUUGGUAUACGGCUCAGUAGGAGGAAAACAGGUUUCCCCCCUCCUCUCUUGCUCCUUUCCUCCCUCCCUCCUACCCUCCUGUCCAGAUUCAGCCAGCCAUCGUUCGCCUAG